AUAAAAGAUGGGCGACACGAAAGACGGUCCUUGGAAAGACCCUUUCGUGCAAUCGGCCCCUUGUUGCCUUGUACGUGUGUGUUAAUGUUGUUUGCAAAUAGUAGUCUUUGAUACGACAAACAGAGAUUGAUGAAAUUACCGUUGUCAGAUGUAGAAUUAUUAUUGAUUCGGCAUUUUCAGACGUAUUUUCGUGGAUUCAUGAUGCGGGAAUUAGAUCUGCAGUAAUGUUACCUUCAAAUAACGACAAUAAUUGAUUAUUACGGUGAUUUCAAGUAAAAUAGAGAAUCCCGGCUUGUUCCAACCUGUGUUGUCUUCCACCCACAAUUCAAAUCUUGUGCCGAGUACAUGAGUCUACUGUACCCUAUUGUCAUUCACCCACAAACCUGCAUCCCAUGGGUUCAGGUGCAGGCAAACCUGUUGUGAGUCCAUCGGCAACCCCAGCCUACACAUUUUGUUAUAGCGGUGCUGGUGGUCCCUCUACCGGUGUCAGCCCAAGGGAAGCUGGUGAUAGUGUUGGUGUGGGAGUCCAAGCAGGUUCAUCAUCAACCUACCCUAGUGGGGACAAUAUCACAAGUAGGCCAUCCAGCCAACAAAGUAUAUACGGUGAACCUGUAGACGAAAACUGCAAUAUGGUGUGUGAAGCCUGUUCAACAUCCUUUCAUAUCUUCAAAAAGAAGUAUCGUUGUACAGACUGUGAUAAAUACUACUGCUCCAAUUGCUUCAUUAAAGAACCUCGGAAAUGUUGCAGUGCAUGCAGUGCCAUACAACAGAGCCCCACAAGGGCAGAACUCAUGACCCUGAAGAUUAAGGAUCUCAGGUUGUAUUUGAACACUCAUAGUGUGUCAACCCAGUCUUGUAGAGAGAAGGACGAUCUUGUGGAUCUAGUGAUGCAGUAUGUCCAAGCACAUCCUCAACCAACGGUUCGAGGUAAUGCGGGAAGGGCGACACGGUCCUCGGCUUCAACAUCAUCGAACAACAGGACCAGCACAGCAAGACAGCCUGGAAAUCGGGCUAGUCAUCCACAGGCACAGCAGCAGCAACAGGAACAGCAGCCGCAAGGACAGAGAGUGACCCAGAGGUUUGAGGAGAUAUUCAAUGACAUUUUCUCCAGAUUGUCUGAUCAGGGAACAGGGAGCAGUGUUGAUCCACCAAACUUUAACUUCUUUACUAAUACAUCUACUGGAUCUCCUGGGGAAGGGAUGACCAACAACACAUUCAACAGUACUAGUAAUUCUGGAAAUGACCAGAGACCACAGUCAAGGACAGCAUGGACUAGUGGAAAUUCUGCAGCAUCAAACACAGCUACAACACCUCCCCAAGAGAGCAUGCCAUCUCAACAACACGAGGAAGCAACAUCCACUCAGAAUACAGAGCAAACGCCUGUCCAACCAUUGAGGAAACGAGCAUCACUUAGUGAUGUGGAGACUGUAGAAGGCAUCGACUCACUCUCCAUUAAACAACUCAAGGAAAUAUUAACAGCUAACUUUGUCAACUACAAGGGAUGCGUUGAGAGAUAUGAACUCCAAGACAGAGUCAAAAGGUUAUAUGAAGAGAAACAGCAUCGUAAAAGGAAAGAAGAUAAAAAAGAUUCAAGGAUUGCAAAAGAGGGUGAAGAAGUACCAAUGGAUGAUGAAGAAGAGAGCACUCUUUGCAAGAUUUGCAUGGAUGCCGAGAUUGACUGCGUUCUACUUGAAUGUGGCCACAUGGUCACGUGUACAAACUGUGGCAAGCGUAUGAAUGAGUGCCCUAUCUGUAGGCAGUACGUUGUAAGAGCAGUACACAUAUUCAAGGCAUGAUAGGCUAAGACCCUCAUUCACAGUAGAGUAAAUGUACUUUCAUAAUGGUAUUUUUUUUCUCUAUUGGAAUACGGCAAUUCAUAAUUUAUACAAAUUCUGUUUUCAAACAGGAUAUUUGUAUCAUGAAUAUGCUACCAGGCAAGUAAAAAAAAAAAGGCUCACACCUAAACAUGUUUUGGAUACCCUAGAAAUAUUUUUAUGAAUAGUAGAUAUACAUCAUUCAUAUGAAGAAUGUUUUAUCCAAAAACUAGUUGGUAUCAAUCAUUUUGAAGCAAAUCUUCAUGUUUGGAUAAAUGAAAAAAAUCAACUCACACGGAAGACAUGCCUGAUGAAAAGACAAUACUUUUCCGAGUUGAUUCCUCUCUCUCUCUUCUACCAUGUGUCAUUUUGAGAUGGUGUAUGACAUUAAUUUUACAGUACUCCAACUCAAGUUGUCAUUAUUUUAGGAACCUUUGUGUAAAACUUCUUUAUGAUAUCAAAAUGGAAUAUAAAUUCAGUUGUAUGAUCAUAAUAAGUCUUGAAUUUGGCAUCCCAGUGGAUUGUCAGAGGUUUCUACCACUUUACAUUGUAAAUCCCAGGUUAAUUUCAAUAGUAUAAAUCUGAUAGCUUACAUAAAAGUUCAUUAUGCAAUGAUAAUCCAGCUUCUAAUGGGUACAUGUACCUGCGAAAGUGCUGUAGUUUUAGACUGCCUCAAAACACAGUAGGGAGAGAGAAGAAUCAAUAAUUUCCUCUGUUUUCAAUAUAGAAUAUAAGAAUAAUAACAUACACGUAUGUGAAUUACUUUGGCACAAAUUGAUUUUUGCACUCUUUCAGCAAUGCCCCCUCAUCCACACACGAACAUAACUUGCACUAAAAUAAUAUCAGAUGAUUUGGGAUAAUACACUCUUUUAUGUGAUGUUUACCAAUUUACUAUUUUGAAGCCAUUUCUGAAGUAAUUAGCCAUGGUUAAGGUGUUUUGGGUUUUUUUUACUUGCCAUGUAUACUGCAUCUUUAUUGCCACUGUAGAGGGGAAGAUGUAUACAUUAAAGUACAAUGUAAAAUAGAAAAAUACAUUUUGAGUGCAGAUUUUAUUUGGUUGAGGGAAUUGCUAGUUAUUAAAAAGCAUUCUGACCGUGCAAUCUUUCUUUCAUAAUUCAAAGAGUCCACCAAGGGUUUUUUUUUGUGAAAACUUGUUUCUUUGCUACUUUUUGAGAAUUCUUUAUUGUUUAAAUGUGAUGAUUGUUUUGCUUUUUAUUCGCAUGAAGGAAAAUCUGCAGUGUUUUAAUCCAUCAUGUUUGAAGAUUAUGAAUACUUUUAGUAAAUUCUUUAACUUUCAUUCCUCAUAUAAACUCCAUAAAAAUAGAUCUCAAGACUCCUUCCUAUCACAAGUCAUUGUUCCAUGCGCUCUCUGUCUGUCUCACACUCUCUCUCCUCUUUCUCUCCGUAAUACUACUAUAGAAAUUCUGUAUAACAAGGUCCUUUUCUAUAAUUGAUUAUGUACUGAGUGUCCACUGUAAAAUUUGACCCAAAUGCUGCUUUGUGAUAUAUUUUCUAUUUUGUUCAUUAUUGUCAAAUAAUUAAAAUCAAAUCAUGAUUGAUAAAUUUAAAAUUUUACAAUUCAGUUGUGUAACUAUCUGAAGGUAAUCAUGUCAGCUGUACCUUAAUUUUGACAUAAGUAAUUUAAAGGUAGUGUAAUGCAUGAGAUAAUUAAUCUGCCGUGGAAAUGAACCAUGGGGCCUGAGGGGUUAUGAAGUUUUGCAUGGUUGAAUUCUUGUGCUUUUCUGUUUGCCAAUACUCCAAAUAUAAAAGCAAGACACCAACACAUUUCCUGGUGAAAUCACAUAGAAAUACAGUAUGCACCUAUUGUUACAAAUCAAAAGUAUUCAUCACUACAUAAAUCAAUUGUAUUCCAAAAUUUGAUAGUAGUUUGAAACAAUGGACUGACACUAUAAGCUUAGUCCGUUUUGCACGUCAGGAUGAGACAAAAUUAUUUUGCAACAAAUGAUGAUCGGUAAGAUACAGGAAGGUUGUAUCAUGGUACAUGUAGAAUAUUUCUAAAGGACAGGUUUUUUUUCAGUGAAGGUUUGCUGUCAAUGUCCUGGUUUUGGGUUUUUAUUUUCUUUUAUUGUUAUAUCUUACCUACUUUUAUGUUUUCUAAUGAGUUUUAAUGAGUUUUAAUUAAGUAUGGCCAUUUGUUCUUGCUUUAGAAUCCUGUUGCCAUAGCUUCUGAUAAUUUUCAAAACUGUGUGGACACAAAACAUAUCUGCUAUGAAAUUGAAAUAUGCAUCAAGACAUGUUAAGUUAAGAUGUUAUAUUUUGUGAAAAUGAAAGUACUAUCUAUCAAUCUUUUUUAUUUGUGUAGCUGUGUAGGCAUAUAGGUCAAUUCUUCAAGAUUUGUAGAUGUGAACAAUAUAGUUAUUUUGUACAGACUAUACACUUCAGUAUUUUAUAUUUCAUGUUAGUAUGUAUCUCUAUUGUUAAAUGUAAAUAUACUAAAGAUUUAUGUAUAAAACAACAAGAUCAUUUCCAGAAGAUUUAUUUUUAAAUUAUAAGCAUUUUUAUAUUCUUUUAGAGGACGGUAUAAAGUCUGCCUUAUUUUAUGUGUAACCUCAAUUAUAGAAAUCCACUUCAUUGCUGAAAUCAUGCUUAAUGAUGAUAUUAUUUGUUGAACUCAGACUCUCAGUUAAAUGAAGGAUUAUGCUUAAAAAAGAUGUCACUUUUACAUCAUUAUCACCCAGUACCAGGCUACUGGAGAAAGUCAUUCAUCGUAGUUGUGUCGAAGAGAGACCAACAUAUUGGGUAUUCUGUUUCUUCAUGUCUCAGGUGUUGCAAGAACCUUAUUUGCAAUCGUAAGUUUUAAUAUGAGAUCACGUUAACAUAGAAAAUCAAUUUAUGGUUUCAAUCACAAGGCCCAGGGCCUCGUAACAUGAAGCUUUAAUAGCGAUUGAUUGUUGAGCUUAUUUCUGCAAUUGUUUGCAAUGAUUAUUGUGUAUGAUCAAUUGUAAAUUCAAGCCACUAUCAAUCACAAAGCCUUGUUACUUUUUACUGACUCAAGGGCCCAGUUUCAUGAAUAUUUACAUUGAAAGUUAACUUGCCAUGGGAACUUCUGAUUUGAAUGUCUGCUGAGCUCUGUUCAUGUAGUUACCAUAAUGGCAAUGUUAACAUUUUUUAUGUAACAGGGCCUGUAUGUAUAUGUAAAUUUACAAUUACAUGUAUAAGAAAGACCUAACAUUUAAUUAUUUAACCAUGAAAUGAAUUUGAAACAUCGAUUGAUCACAAUUUUCUUGCAAUACCUUCAGUGUGUUUGUGUUUGGUAACAAGAUAAAAAUGUGUUGUAAUUAUGUAGUAAAAUCUACACAUGAUGUACUAUUCCUUUCACUUACUAGUACACCAGUAGGAUAUUGUUUCUUUAACACUUGCAUCUGUAUCAAAUAAUUUCUUUAAUCAUUUUAACGGUAAAAUGGAUUAAUUGCAACAUAUUAUUUCCUCUUUCAUUUGUUGUUAAUAUUUAGUUGUGGAGCAGCAACCCUGUGAGUUGUGUGGUCACAAUUAUACUUCGCUCACAUUGAUUGUGAAUAUUCAUAGAAGCUUACCUGACAGUUUACUGUCUUACUCUGAAUCUGGCAGGUGCCAGAAGUGCUUUGAACUCUUCACUUUUAGCUUUUACAUAUAGCUUGUGAUGUAUUAUUAUUCAUUUCUUGCUGAAGUGCAAUUUCAGAUUGAGAUCACUGUUUUCACUCUUAAAUGGGAAUCCAAUCCCUUCUUAGAAGUCAAAUGUGAAAGCACAAUAAUAAGAUGAACAGAAUGGUGAAAAGUUGCAAGUUAAAUCAGACAUGUGCCCAGUAACAUAAAGUUAUGCAAUCAUUAUAAUGUAUCAUCCAUUGUAUGAUAUAAUAAUGCCAGCUUACUUUGCACUUUAGACAAUGAUUGUUUGUGACGGUUAGUUACUAACAAAUAUUUUUUAUGACUAGCAUUUCAUGUCAAUUCCUAGAGGUGCAAGCAGGUUUCUGUAAAAGUGCAGUGUUUAUUGAGUUGAAUCGUACAGAAAUCUUCUAGUGAACUACUUCAUCAAAGUGAUAUGUUCAUCAUGGUUGAUUUCAUUAAAAUGUUUACCAUACUGCCUCUAGAAUUGUGCUAUCUAAUUAGACUGGAAUGGAUUUCCCUUUAGAGCAUUUCUUGUAAAUCUAAUCUAUCUGGUGUGAGAAUAAAUGCACCUUUUGGAGAUAUCUUUAAA